UCACUGUUCACAUGCGGCCACGUCAUUUGAACUCUCUUCGGUUCUCUCAUUUAUGCUGACAUUCUGAGAAGUUUUUUGAGGAAGCGGUAAAGCCCUCAGUUUUUUACUCGUUGGCAAAUUAAGCGAAAAAUAAUUUUGGGGUGCGUUCUAACACGCAGCAAAAAGGCAAAAGCAAUAGAAACUACACCAAACAACAGCCGAGUCGACGAAUAAGAUCAGGAUGAAUAUUUUCCGAUUUGCUGGGGAUCUUUCGCAUGUGUUUGCCAUUAUAAUAUUGCUGCUUAAGAUAUGGAAGACCCGCUCGUGCGCCGGAAUUUCGGGCAAGUCUCAGAUUCUGUUCGCAGUGGUCUACCUGACGCGUUACCUGGAUCUUUUUACCACCUACGUGAGCCUGUACAACUCGGUGAUGAAGGUGCUCUUCUUGGCCACGUCCGGUGCCACAGUAUAUUUGAUGUACGUUAAGUUUAAGGCUACUUACGACCACAACCACGACUCCUUCCGCAUCGAAUUUCUCUUGAUACCAUGCGCCUUGCUCUCGCUGGUGAUCAAUCAUGAGUUUACCGUCAUGGAAGUGCUUUGGACCUUUUCCAUCUACCUGGAAUCGGUGGCCAUCCUACCACAGCUCUUCCUGGUCAGCAGAACCGGUGAAGCCGAGUCCAUCACGAGCCACUACCUCUUCGCCCUGGGAUCAUACCGUGCACUUUACUUGCUCAACUGGGUUUACCGGUAUAUGGUCGAGUCGCAUUACGACCUUAUCGCGAUCUUCGCCGGAGUUGUCCAGACCGUUUUGUACUGCGACUUCUUCUACUUAUACAUUACCAAAGUUCUUAAGGGCAAGAAACUACAGCUGCCGGCAUAAGUGCAUAAAUGUGGGGCAUUUGUUUAUUGGUACACAUCAUCAAUCGAGGUCGAAGAAAACAAGCAAAGAAUCCACGGGCCGUUUGACAACGCGUAUUUAGUUCAUACUAUACAGAAGAUACAGAAUCGAGAGGAGCGCUUAAGUUGUAAUUAUUUUAUGAGAAAUAAACCGAAAAUCGGAAGUCAAAUUAUCUUGCAAUAUCGACACCGUACAUUGGAAAUGUAACAAAUGUAUUAAUCUCCGUUUUCCGAGUUGCACACACUCGGCUCUCACAAAUUUUGAAAUCCAAAAAUAUUUAAACAGUACGAGAUAACGUUAUAAUUACCGAUCAUUAAAUUUUUUUCUCUUAAGCGAGGGGUUAAUCGAUCUACAACAAUAUCACAAAAGAAGUCAUAGAUUUCUUUGUAUAAUUUAGACUUAAAAGAUACCCUUUAAAUAGCUUUUAAACCGACUGUAUCCUAAAAAUUCGAGUAAGUUUAAGUCUUAUUUUGUGGCUAUUCGUACAGUUAAUAAUGAGCGAUGUCAACAUAUAAUAGAUAUUUUUGAUUAACAGGUCGCAGGAUCGUAGAAACUUCAUCUGCGAGAUGUUGUGCACAAUUUUAUUGGAUUCCAAAUAUAUGUAUUAAAUUA